AUUCGAGUCUGCAUCUGCGCACAACAGUAUUUGAAUAAGUCGGGUGAGGGAUGGCUUUGUUGCGGGAAUAUUAGCAUAGCGACGAAGUUAAGACGGAGAAGGGCAGGCUGACAGUACUGAAACACCGCCGGGUCUGCACAAUGUCAGAAGCUGGAAACAUGACCCUGCAAACCCUGCAGCAGUACAAAGAGCUCGCUGCAGACAAGGACAAGGCAUCACUUCUGGCCAAGGACAGCACAGUCGUGCAGUUCCUGGCCUACGUGCUGGAGGACCGCGACGACCAGAUCGUUGGGGUGGCGCUGGAGACGCUGCUACUGCUGUGCGAGGCCGAGUCGUCGCGGCGCCAGCUGCAGCAGACGUACGGUUUAGUGCAGGCGCUCGAGUGUCUGCGCAUGAGGGAUUGCCCGGCGGCCGUGCUCUCGCAGACCGAGGCGGCACUGGCGCACCUGCGGCGGCCGGAGCCGGGCCAGCAGGACAGGCAGGCCGCCCGACACCGGCCGCGGCCGCCCUCGCGCCGCAGCAAGGUCGUGACCCUGCACGUGACCGGCCUGGUGACGCCCGAGGACCGCGACGCCCUGGAAGCGGCGCUGGUGCGCGUGCGCGGCCUCGUGUCGAUCGUGUACGACAUGGGCCGCGGCCGCUGCACGUGUCGCGUGCGCGAGCACGUGUCGGUGGCGGCGCUGGGCGGCGCCGUGGACAACACGGAAAACAUGGCCGCGUACCACGUGGUGCGUCGGAUCACGGCCGAUGGUGAGGAGGAGCAGCUGGUGGCCGUGUCGGAGCGCGCGCGUGCCAGUGAGCAGGCGCGGCCAGAGCCGCCGCCUGAGUACCUGCCCGAGGACGACCCCGACGUGACGCCUGGCGAUGGUGCCGUCGCCACCGGAGACUUCUUCAAGUCGGCCACCGGCUGGCUGUCGUCGGCCAGCUCUUACCUCAGCUCGGCCUUCUACUGGUGACGAGCUGGAGUAGGGGCACUCAUCUGGUGACGAGCUAGUACUUGGGCCUCGCUACGGGUGACAGGGUGUGGGCGCGCUUCUGUUGGGCUAGUGUCCAACGCGCUCUCGGCAUUUGUCUGGUGACGACCUGGUGCCAGUGCUCUCUCCUCGCCUGGUGACGAGUGCCCUGUCGCCAGUGCGCUGUCGUCGCGCUCUGACUUGGCAGUGCCGAUCUGAUGGGCGCCUGGGAGCGGCGCGCAGAGGGGAUGUUAGAGAGCCGGGCUCUCCGCCGAUGCGUGGCGAGCUCCCGGGGGGACCAGCAGUGUGAUGAACUC